AUGGCAAGCGCCUCAUCUAUAUCCGCUGGCGACAGCAAACGCUUCUCCGGCUCAAAUCUCCCAUCAAACCUACGCCACAGUCAAACCGCCAGACCGUCUUCCCCCCAAACCCCCCAACACCAACUCCGCUCAAACAACUCCUCUUUCGCAAGUACCUCAUCCGGCUCCUCGUUUCGUAGCGAGGAAGAUGCUAUUAUAUUCGAAUUGGGCUCGAGAUGGCUCCGAGCAGGCUUUGAGGGCGAGAGCACGCCCAUGUGUACUGUUGGGUUUGGGCCGGAGGAAUCGAGGAGGACGGGCGAUUAUCGGGGAUGGUUGAAUUACGGCCCGUCUACCGAACUGUCUGUUAGUCCAGAGGAGUGGGCGAAUCCAUAUGAGCUGUGGGGGAUGGAUCUGCGAAAGGUCGAUUUGGGCCUUGUCGAGGAUAAGAUUGAGCGAGUGGUUCGCGAGACGUACAAUAAGUACCUGUUGACGGACGCGGGGACAACACGGCUGGUUCUUGUUAUGCCAUCUCUUAUGCCUCAUCCGUUACUGGCGUCUGUUCUGUCGACCUUGUUCAACCGCUGGCGGUUUCCAAGUAUCACGCUCCUACCAUCCGCAGCCAUGUCCGCGACAGCUGCCGGAGUACGCUCAGCAAUGGUAGUGGAUCUAGGCUGGGCUGAGACCACAGUGACCGGCGUCUACGAAUACAGAGAAGUCGCACACAAACGCAGCACCAGGGCAAUGAAACACCUACUCCAAGAGACAGGCCGAUUCCUCACCCACCUCACCUCAACCAGCACCAGCACCCGAGACCCAACAACAGACGAACUCUCCGUGAACUUCGAAUACUGCGAAGAAGUAGUCACCCGCUUCGCAUGGUGCAAAACCCACACAGAAACCGAACCAACCGAUCUCCCAAACACAACCAUCUCCAUACCCUCCCCCUCAAACCCGGGUUCCGAAUACAUCGACGUCCCCUUCCCCAAAUUUGCCGAACCAGUCGAAAAAGCCCUCUUCGCCCACGGCAUCCCGGAAUCCGACCUCGACGACGAGGAAAAACCCCUCCCCUUACUCCUCUACAACACCCUCCUCGCCCUACCCCCCGACGCACGCGGGAUAUGCAUGUCCCGUAUCAUAUUCGUCGGAGGAGGUUCCCACAUCCCAGGAAUCCGCCAACGCAUCCUCAACGAAGUAAAUGCGCUGAUAAAAACCCACGGCUGGACACAAGUCCGCGGGAAAGCCGUCGAGCGCCAACGAACCCGCCUCCAGAACUUAUCCUUAACGCCAAACCCGAAUCCAAACCCGAAUCCAAACCCGAAUCCAAACCCAUCAUCAACGACCCCAUCAACAGGAACCACAACACCAACCCAAGAACCCACCGCCACUGCAUCCCAUACACCCUCGAUCGACGACGAAGGAGACAACGAGAUCGACUUCGUCGAGCAGAAACUCCAGCGCAAUAGAGAUCGGGACUUCAAGCCGCCUGUCCAGGGUGUUCUGCGGGAAGUUGAGUCUUUGGGGCCGUGGGCUGGUACGAGUCUUGUUACGAGUUUGAAGAUUAGGGGGAUGGUGGAGAUUGAGCGCGAGAAAUAUUUGCAGCAUGGGCUUGCGGGGGCGAGUCGGGAUUUGGAGCAUGGGUAUGUGCCGGACAGGAGGUCGGGGUUGAGGACUGGGGGGGAUAGGUCGAGUUGGACGUUGGCGGGGUGGGGAUGA